AUGUCUUGUCAACCAACUGCUGCAGUUCUGCAUUUGGCAGUAAUUUUUGACACGGUUAAGAUGUUUGUCAGGUUCAACUCCAGCCAUGGUUUCCCAGUGGAGGUUGAUUCAGACACCAGCAUCUUCCAGCUCAAGGAGGAGGUUGCUAAGCGACAGGGAGUUCCAGCUGACCAGUUGCGUGUGAUUUUUGCAGGGAAGGAGCUCAGGAAUGACUUGACGCUGCAGAGUUGUGAUUUGGCCCAGCAGAGCAUUGUUCAUAUUGUUCAGAAUCCAAGGAAAAGGGAUCAGGAAAGGGGUGAGACUGAAAAUGAAAAUGUUUCUGGGAUUCCAAGGAGCCAUGGAAGAGAAGAUGAAAGCCUCACUUGUGUGGAUCUGAAUACCAAUCUUCUGCCUUCUAAUUCAGCUGGACUUGCUGUGGUUUUGGACACUGUAAACAACAGCAUCCCCCCUCUGUCUGACAAGUCAGGUACUGCUGGUUACAGCAACUUCUAUGUUUACUGUAAAAGUUCCUGCCAAGCUGUGAAACAUGGAAAACUCCGGGUGCGGUGCAAAAUGUGCAGGCAAGGCACACUGACUCUGGCGAGGGGUCCAUCUUGCUGGGAAGAUGUCUUGAUUCCAGACAGAAUAACUGGUAUUUGCCAGUCCCGAAACUGUAACGGGGAAGUAGCUGAAUUCUACUUUAAAUGUGCAGCACACCCAACCUCUGACAGUGAGACAUCUGUGGCGUUGAACCUCAUUACAACAAAUAGUCGGUGCAUCUCAUGUAUAACCUGUACAGAUGUUCGGAGCCCCGUGCUGGUAUUUCAGUGCAUACAUCGCCAUGUCAUCUGCCUGGACUGCUUUCAUUUAUACUGUGUGACUAUGUUGAAUGAUCGCCAGUUUGUCCAUGAUCCUGUCCUUGGCUACUCCCUGCCUUGUGUGGCUGGAUGCCCAGACUCCUUGAUUAAAGAGCUGCAUCACUUCAGAAUUCUGGGUGAGGAGCAGUACAACCGUUACCAGCGCUAUGGCGCAGAAGAGUGUGUUCUGCAGAUGGGCGGUGUGCUGUGUCCCACCCCAGGAUGUGGGGCUGGCCUGCUUUCAGAACCAGAAGUGAGAAAAAUAGCGUGUGAACCAUCCAACGGAAUGGGCUGUGGGUUUGUCUUCUGUCGUGAAUGCAGAGAAGAAUACCAUGAUGGAGAAUGUAGCACCCUCCUUGAAACACAAGGCGCGACAGCACUGAAGGGCUAUGAGGUUGACCAGCACGCAGCCAGACAGGCUCGAUGGGAAGAGGCAUCCAAAGAGACUAUCAAGAGAACAACCAAACCAUGCCCCAGCUGCCAUGUACCUGUAGAGAAAGAUGGUGGAUGCAUGCACAUGAAGUGUCCACGACCUCAGUGCAGAUUUGAAUGGUGUUGGAACUGUGGCCUGGAGUGGAAUCGGACUUGCAUGGGAGAUCAUUGGUUUGACUGACCCCCAAGCAGCAUUGUGUAAACAAUCAAAAGCUG